AUUUAUGGCCGCCACAUGUGUGUCGGAGCAGCAGCAGUGUACUUCAAGGAUUGAAAUCUAACUGCGGCUGUUAAACAGUAGUCAGAAUGAAGGACACACCGCUGUCCAACUGCGAGCGGGACUUCCUGCUCAAAGCCAUCCAGGAGAAAAAGCGACUGGACGGCCGGCAGACCUACGACUACAGGAGGAUGAAGAUCACCUUUGGGACGGACUAUGGAUGCUGCUUUGUGGAUCUGGGAAAAACCAGGGUCAUGGCUCAGGUGUCAUGUGAGCUGGUGGCUCCGAAAGAGAAUCGACCAAACGAGGGCAUCAUGUUCUUUAAUAUCGAGCUGUCGUCCAUGGCUUCACCAGCGUUUGAACAAGGCAGACCGUCUGAGCUGUCAGUCAAGUUAAACAGACAGCUGGAGAGAUGCUUGAGGAACUCUAAGUGCAUUGAUACUGAGUCUCUGUGUGUGGUGUCUGGAGAAAAGGUGUGGCAGAUCAGAGUGGACGUUCAUAUGUUGAAUCAUGAUGGGAACCUGAUGGAUGCAGCCAGCAUCGCAGCAAUCACCGCUCUGUGCCACUUCAGACAUCCUGAUGUCAGCAUCCAGGGAGACGAAGUUACUGUGUACAGUCCCGAGGAGAGAGAUCCUAUUCCUCUGAGUAUCUACCACAUGCCCAUCAGUGUCAGCUUCUCCUUCUUCCUACAAGGGACGUACUUACUAGUGGAUCCCUGUGAGCGGGAAGAGCGAGUGAUGGACGGCCUGCUGAUGAUUGCUAUGAACAAACACAGAGAAAUCUGCUCCAUCCAGUCCAGCGGAGGCAUCAUGUUGCUUAAAGAGCAGGUUAUGAGAUGCAGUAAAAUAGCCAGCGUCAAAGUUUCUGAAAUCACAGAGCUCAUCACUAAAGCCCUGGAGAAUGACAGGAAUGCAAGGAAGGCGGGUGGCAGGUGUGGUUUUGCAGAGUCUAUGCCUCAGGAGCGAAUCACAGCCCUAAAAAAGGACGAGACUCCAAUGGAGAUGAUGGAUGUAUCGGAUAAAGUUGAUGACAUCGUGAUGAAAGGCGAGGCCCCGCCUCAGACAGUGCCCUCCCCAGUGGUGCCAGUCCCAGGUGUGGGUCAGGUAGGACAGGGGCUGCAGAACACCUGGGGACUGGAGGAGGAAGAGGAAGAGGACGAAGAAGAGAAAAACGACAGCAGCAGUGAAGAACAAGAGGAAAGAGUAACAAAGAGGGAGAAGGAACAGUAUGAAAAGGAGAAGAGAAGAGGAGGGGAUGUUGUUGAAAUAUCUGACAGUGAAGAGGAGGAGGUGGUCAUCCUUCAUCCAGAGACACCAGAUAAAGCUCUGAAGUAGGUGCUCCAACUAUCAACUGAGGAGUAGGAUCAUGACACAUCCAGCUCCCACCAGAAGGAGGCAGCAACAUCAAAGAAAAGAAAGAAUAAAUGAAAGAAGAAUCCACUUAAGCUGGCUGCAGUCAGGGAUCUGCUCAUCUACUGCAGUGCCACUCAGUACUGCCCCACUUCAGAAUAAAGACUCCAGUCCAAAGAUGUCACAGUGCUGAUGUUCUUCAAAGUAUGGCUUCUUAUUCUUUGAAUAUGAAGACUGCUUCUUGUUUGUUGGUAUUUGGAAUGAGUUUUUUCCAGAUUUUUUUUUUAAAUAAAGAAAAUAUAAAAUAAACUAAAAAUAAAAAAUCUAUAUUAACCACUGUUGGGUUUUAGCAGACUUUUAAUUUAAGUUGUUUGAAAAGUGGUGUAUUUUGAGGGGGAAAUGUGCUGUGGUGCUAAUUGUGAAUGGAAAUUUAAAAAAAAAAGAAAGAUAAAGGAAAAA